UCUGACAAGUGCUGCAGUUAAACACAAAACAAUGUGUGAAGUCAUCGGGACAGAAGCAGAGUUACUGAAAAUUUCACCCAUGUUCCAAGAACACAUUCUUACUGAUAUAUUGAAAGAUGUGAGUGGGCAGUCAGAUGUAGCACUUAGGAGUUACACAUUGUCUCCAUUAGGUGAUCAGGGAGAGUGCUACAUGAGUGACAUUAGACGAAUACGAAUUGAAGGCACGUCAGGUAAUGGCUCAAAAGCACAUAUUGUAGCAGUUGUUAUCAAAGCUCUGCCAUCAAAUAUUUGCCACAAAAAAUCUUUUAGAUUGGCAGAAUUCUACAGAAAUGAAGUACACUUCUACAAAGAGGUACUUGAGAAGUUGAUGGCAUUCCAGAAGAAGAAAAAGCCAAAAAAUCCCUUUACACAAAUUCCAAGAUGCUUUAAAGCAUUUACAGAUGGUGACCAUGACUUCAUUAUUUUGGAAGACUUGAGUGUGCUUGGUUUCCAGGCAGCCAAAGGACAACAAACAUAUAACUUUGCACAUUGUGCAGAAGUUCUAAAAUGCAUAGCUAGGUUCCAUGGUCUUUCAUUUGCUAUGAAAGACCAGGAACUGGAAGAAUUCAGAGCUGCUGCAGGCAAUUUGCAGGAAGUAUGGUACAGUGAAGCACUGCGAGAAUGGUAUCGAGGAAUGAUGAAAAAUAUACUGAAUUAUUCUAUGCAGGCAGUUUCCUUAGAAUAUCCUGACAGUGUAUAUGAACAAAAGAUGAGAGAAUUCUGUGAAAGUGCAGUUUACAAUAAAGCCAUCGAUUUUGUUAAGCCUGACAAGCCUCACUCUGUUAUUCUGAAUGGAGAUACAUGGGGUCCAAAUUUUUUAUUCCUUUAUGAUGGUUCUGAUGAGCAACACAUAAAAGAUACUCGUCUAAUUGAUUUUCAGAUGUCACGCUUGGCAAAUCCAGUAUGUGAUCUCUCAUUCUUUCUGUAUUCAAGCACAUCCAAGGAAUUUAGGGAGUCAAAUAUUUCAGAUCUGCUUAAAACUUAUCACCAAAGCCUGUCUGACAUGAUUCAAGAUCUGGGAUCUGAUCCACAAGUUGUUUACCCAUACAAGAUAUUUGAAGCUGAGGUAAAACAAUUCUCUGGUGUUGGAUUCAUUAUGUCACUGGAUGCUGUUGCAGUGAGCACAAUGGAUGACCGUGAUAAGCCAAAACUGAAUUUAAUGGAAGGAGAAGAAUUUAUUCCACAGCAUGAAAUUUGGAAAUUUCCUCCAUUAACAAAUAAGCAAACAAUCAAGCGGCUAGCAGAUAACGUAAAAUAUGCCAUAGAAAAUGGACAUAUUUAAUACACAAGGAAAUCUGUUUCAGCCUUUAAAUUUUCAAAAUUUCAGAUUACUGUUUUCAAAAGCAGAGCCCUGGACAGCAGUACAACUCAUGGAGAAGAAAAUAAUUUUUUCUGACUUUAUCAUUCAGUACCAUGUAUCAACAAGGCUCACUAUGUUUACACCCAGUGUGUUGUGAUUGUUCGCCUACACUAUUGUCAGCAGAUGUCAAAUGGAACCAUGUAGUUAUUAGUGAAAUUUAUAGACAAAUUUCACAGGAGUAUAUUGUUUUAUUUAUGAAUAAAAAUUCUUUAAAAUUGUCCUCAGUCCAAACAGAUUGUAAAUAAAUUGCAACAUAUAUGGGUCGCAGUUAUCAAGUAAAAUACUUGUCACAUUCUCAAGACAUCAAAACUGUUAUCUUAGCUUCAAAGAUGCAACAAAUGUGUUUAGUCAAUGAACACAUCAAAUGUUAAAAUGGCUCUGAAAAUUUUUGGAUCUGGUGGCGCACAUAGUUGUUAUUCAUUUAGCAAAUGAGAUAGCAGAAUGAUAUUUAUGAAAAGUGGGGGGAAGGGAGGAGAGGGGGAGACAUGACUGAAGGGCAACAGAGUAUAAGUUUGAUGUAACAUUGUUCCUUUGUUGUCAUCUAAGUACAUAGGACUCAAUUACACAGUACCAUUAACUGACUCUGAUGUUAACCUGGUGGCUCAUCAUUACAUUGAAAUGAUAAAUCACAUUGAUAAUUUCAGAAUUUUGGCUGUAUGGUUAUUAGUUUAAUUCCAUAAUAUGUGUGUGAAGUUAUUCCUGUAACAGCCCAACAUUCUUAAUUCACAAAACAACAGAGGUCUCAUGCAGUAAGCAGUGACUCAUUUUGUAAAAGAGUAGCAUGACAUGGCUGUAUCAUUCAGUUAUUUGUAGGCUGUCUGCACUUUGUUAUAUAAGGUAGAAACCAAUUCUACAUACAUUGCAUUUCAUAAUAAUGUGAAGAAAUAUGAGAAUAAGAUGAUUCAAAGCUGUAAAUGAAAAUUUUACAUUUACAUCUCUAUUGAGCAAAUUUUAGCUGUCAUUAUUUUAAUAUUUUUAAAUUAUUUGUCAAUCCAUCUAUAAGCAAUAAAUACUGUAUGGAUAUUUUCCAAACGAACAUGUAAAUUUUAAGUGAAGUAAUUACAAGGGAAAUGGGAUGUACAAAUAUGUACAUAAAACAAUACACCCAAGAUAAUAUAAAAUUAUCCAUACAAAUCUGUAUGCAUACAUGCUUCUGUUAUUAUAAAUUUGAGGUCUUUCCUUCAUAAGCUUAUACUCUUGCAUCCCCUAUGCAGCAAAUCAUUUCAUACACAAAUAUGACUCAGUAAAAGCUUGACAUCAAACAACAGUUGUCCAUCAGACUGUCAUAUUUGACAGGAUGAUGGCCGAGUGACAAGUGUGUUUUAAUGCUUUUCAAAACAGAAGUUUUGAUUGUAUGUUUGUUCUUUUCUUCUCUGUUUCACAUAUUGAAUACCUUUUGCAGUACCUAUAUUUAGUGGUUUUUGUAUUGAAAGUGUAUAUGUAGAGCGAAUUUUUGAUAGUCUGAUAUCUAGGUCUGACUUUCAUUUACAUAAUGAGCUCACUUGCAACAAACUGUGCAUGUCUGUGUGUAUUUUUAUAUAUACCUUUUACUGUGAAUGACCACACUAGCAUAUUUUUUUCUUGUCACACAAGUGAAGAUUCGGCUUUUCUGCAUUAUAUUUAGAAAAUAUCUUGUGUUUUAAAUGUUUCCUUAGGUGUGACUUUAACAUUUUGUUUACAUACGUAACUCUGACAUUACUGAACUUGUACUUUUACAUUGAAGGUUACAUUCUU